AUGAACUUACUAAAAAUCCUAGAUACUACGCCUGAACCUCCUAUAAUAGAAUUAGAAUUAAAUGAAUUAAAUCAUAGUGGAGACUAUAAUUUAGGUUGUCCAAUGUAUGAAUAUCAAAAAGAAUUAACUGAUCAAAUAAUAUCACUACAUUACCCAGAUAUAUUAAAAUUUUGUGAAAUUAAUGAUUUUAAAGAUAUAAUUAUAAAAUCUGUUGAAACAUGUAUUGAAAAUUGUAUGUUGGUUAGUACUCAUCCUUACCUCUUAAUAAGUCAUUAUAUGCCUAAAAAUUUAGCUCAAAAAGAUAUGCCAGCUAAAAUUGCAGAAACAAGUGGAAAAUUCAAUGUUUUAAAAGAUUUAUUGAAUGUUAUAAUUUUGAGUAGUACCACAAAAGAAAAAAGUAUUGGGUUGGUAAUGAGUAAUAAUAUUAAAUUAUUUGAUUUAAUAGAAGCAUUAAUUUUAUUAUGUUCAGGAAAUAAGGUCAUUCGAAGAUAUGUGGGGAAUAAUAUACAAAGAGAAUCUAAAAAGCAAAGUAAAAUGAAUGGUAAUGGUAAUGGUAACGGCACGUCAAAUGGAACAGAUCAUAGUGCACCAACAUAUAUUCAUCUAAUACCAUCAGAUGGAAAUAUACAGAGAGAUAAAGACUUAUAUGAACAAGCUAAAUUUGACGUAUUAAUAACAAUAGAUGGAGGUGUUGAUACUCAAUCCGAAUUUUAUCAAUCAUUGAAAACAAAAAAUCAUAAUUCAGACGAAAAACCAGCUGUAAAUAUACGACUUAUUCCAUUAAAAACAGUCGAACAUGUUAAAUUACAUUAUGAAAAUCAUAAAACUUUACCAGAUUAUUUAUAUAAAUUAAUUUCUUCUGUGGUUUGUUUACGUGAUUAUAUUGGAAAUUUAUCUCCAGAUGUAUUUCCCAUAUAUAAUCAAAAGUUAAAUUACUUAAGAGAUACUUUUUUCAACAUUUUAUUUGAAAAUAGUACUACAUAUCCAUCUUGGCCAUUACCUUCGUUACCAAUAAUACAACAAUACACCCCAAUAGAUGUAGAGAGAUCGCUACUAACGGAAGCACAUUUUCAUUACACGCCAUAUGGAUUGAAUGGUUUCUCCGAAGAAAAAAAAGUAUUACCAACCUAUUAUGAAAUUAAAAGAUUACAACUGGACUAUAUUACAAACCCUUUAAAAAACUCAUAUAAUGAGUUGAUUGGUAUUAUAGGAUCAAAUGAUACCGAUGUAAAUAAUGGUGUACUAACUCAUAAAAUGCUUUUACAAUUGAAUUCUGCAUUUCUUGAGUUGAAUCGAAUAGAAGAAGAAUUACAAUCUUAUGAAAAUUAUGAAAGUGAAGAAGUUCAAAAUAGAAUUGGAAGACGAGAAAAAGAAAUGAGAUUAUCAGUUUCCAAAAUAUUUGAUGAUAUAGAUCAUGCUCAACAAAGAAUAGAAAGUGGGAAUAAAUGGAUUGUUAAGAAAAUCGAGAAAAUUGAUAAUUUAAAGAAUGAGAUAAAAGAGAAAAAAGAAAAACUACUGACAAUGGAAUCAACUGUAACUGAUGAAAACCAAAAGAAGUAUAUAAAAAAUCAAUUAGAAAUAUGGAAUUUACAAAAUGAAAUAAAAUUAUCACUUAAUAGAAUACUAUCAAAGAAUGAUGAAAAAAAUUAUACAACCAAAGAAUAUCAAAACGCAUUAAAUUCUAUUAAAGAAUCUGAAGUCGAAUAUAUUCAAAUCGAAAAAGAUAUUGAAACAGCUAAAAGGAAAUUAGAAGAUAUAGAAAAUGAUCAAGAGGAACAAAAUAAAGAAUUUGAAUUAAAACAAAAUUCAAUUAUUCAACAAAUUAAUGAAACUAAAUCAUCAAAUGAAGAAAUAGAAAAAAAAUUAAACACAGCAUUUAAAUUUUUAAGGGAUACAUCUCAUUUAAAAAAGAGAAAAAUACGAACUGCAACACCAAAUAAAUAA